AUGGCCCUUGACUACUUUGCGAGUGACCAGACCUGGGGCAAUAUUCUGGCCCAUGGAGACUUCGAUUACAUCGUUAUCGGCUCGGGCUUUACUGCUUACGCAUUCAUCCAGAAGGCACUUGAUCUUGACCCAGGUGCCAAGAUUCUUUGCUUGGAGCGUGGAGGCUUUUGGCUCCCUUCUCACUUCCAGAACCUGCCGAUCCCCUUCAAAAUGGUUCUUGGCGGGCCCUCCGAGACAUUCCCCUGGACCCUCUCGCGCAAGACAUUCGAGACAAAAGAGCUAAGGUUCUUGCACGGGUCCUGCCCAUUCUUCGGUGGUCGAUCAACAUUCUGGUCCUCUUGGAGCCCGCGGCCGAGUCUAGACCUGAUGCGCGACUUUCCCGAGUCCAUGAAAGAGACUGCCUCCCACGAGCAAUUCUGGACAGAGGCCCAGGAGCUCUUGAACGUCACGCCUGCAUCUCAGAUCAAAGAUGGCGUCUUUGACACCCUCCAGACGGCCAUCGAUCGCAUCCUCGAACGCUCAGUCCACAACAUUCCUACGGCAGACUAUGCCGAAUCGGCACCCCUGGCUGUCGGACGACGCAGCCCGACUUCUCGUCUACGAUUCAACAAGUUUUCUGUCCCCGGGCCUUUGCUCGGCAUCUUGGAACGCCAGAGGCACUUGAGCAAAACCAACCAGGGAGCGCCUCUGGAAAUCAUGGUUGACUGCGCAGCGACCAGCAUGGCCAAAGGCGACGACGACGAUUUUGUCCGUGUCAUCGAAACCAGCAAAGGCACGUUGUCGUGGACCGGCAACAAGACUAGGAUCAUCCUCUGCGCUGGCGCUAUUCCCAACGCCACCAUGUUGCUGAACUCGUUCGAGAACUGCCGUGAUAGCGUCGGUAAGAGGCUUACCGGCCACUUCGUGACGCACAUCUCGGCAAGAUGUCCCGUGGAGAAUAUCAAGGGCUGGAAGAAGGAGGAUACGCUCCAGAUGGCGGCUGCGUACGUGGCUGGCAGAGAUCCGAAAACAGGCCUGCAGUAUCACGUCUCGGUCACGGCGAUGAAUAGUCCCAACCCGCACGAUGAUGAAGAGGACGCGGCGCGCGAGUGCCCGGACUAUGCGGCGGCGGCGACGCUGGAUCAGCUUGUUGGUUCGGAGGAUUACGUUGUGUUCGUCUGCUCAGCCCUCGGUGAAUUCACCGAAGCCAACCCCCAGAACAACAUCAAGCUCAACAAAGGCGCCGACCCAACCUGCAACGUCACCCUGCAAUACACUCUAACCCCCUCAGACUAUUCCUGCUGGGACGUAAUGGACGCCGCAACCUACGACACCAUCAAAGAGAUGGCGGGCGGCGACGAGCACGCGUCGGACAUCGAAUGGUGGGACGAGACCACUCACGGCUGGACCAAGACGAAGCCGGCUGUCGACACCAUUCGCAUCCCGGGUGUCGUUCACGAAUCGAGCACGGCUUUUAUGGGACCUAAGGAAGAAGGUGGGUCUGUGGAUGAGCUGUAUCGGCCGCAUGGAAUUGAGAAUGUGCAUGUUACUGGAAAUGCACUGUUCCCAACGGCGGGGAGCUGGAAUCCUACUAUGACCAUGUGUGGGUAUGCGCAGGAUUUGGCGAGGAGGUUGUUUGAUUUAAAGGGGAGGGCGGGUUGUGAGGCGUCAGAUUGA